GCUGCCUAAUAUGGUGGUGAUGCUGUUGGUGAUAGUGUUCGUCAUAUUUGUGACCAACUUUGCGUCCAACGUGGCCGUAUGCAACGUCUUUUCGCCAAUAUCUAUGCAGUUGGCGAAGGAAAUCAACCAGAAUCCGUUGUGGUAUUGUAUGGCGUCGGGGAUCACCGCAUCCUACUGCUUCAUGCUGCCGGUGGGGACGCCCGGAAACCUCAUCGUGCAGAGCGCCGCCAAUAUUCCCACAGGAAAGAUGAUGGUCGCUGGUGCGGGGCCCACGGUGACCACCAUCAUAGUGACGUGGUUCGCCAUGAUGUGGUGGGCGCCCAUAGUGUGGCCAGAUCUGCACUUGAUGCCCGAAUGGACGCAGCAUGAGGGCAAGAGUGCUUAGAAUAUGACGCAGGGAUAAUUCAACGGCUUCUUCCAAAAAUUUUCAUUUCUGGGACUAGAUGGAUAAACUAUUUUGGGUGUUAUUUAGGGGCCAGAGAGGUUUUAAGCGUUAUACUCGAGAAGAUAUUUUGUAUUGCGUUAAUUUAUUAUGUAAUGAAGUAUUUUGUUACAAGCUUGUGUUAAUUGUUAAGUGCUUACUGAAUUAAGCUAUUUGAUGAAGGGUUGAGUGGAUUUGCAAUAUUUGUGGUGUGCCAAAGAGUCACUACUGGCAGGGCCUAAGACAUGCUGUCUGUCUGUACGCUUUCGUCCUUCCUAACAAACACUAUUUGGUCUCAAUUCUUGAUACUACAUUUUUUGAAGGCCAAACUUUUUGUAACUUUAUACGUUGUAAUAUCGAUAAAUUAAUAUAGCAUGAGUCCUACUCUAGUAAAUAAUUAAUUAAUGUUAUUGCAUUAGUUUCUGUCAGCAGCGAAACUUUGGCACUCUUAUGGCAUUGAAUACCACACAUGCAUAUUGGCAAGUUACUUAGUUCUUCAUAGUGGAUAUUUAAAUAAAUUGUGAAUAUAA